AUGGAGGAGGAGACUCGGUUCCUUCCAGAGGCUCCUUACGUUGUUUGCUCUACUCUAUUCAUACAUCAUUUCGACGCCAUGAUAUUCCCCCAUGUAUUCGGCAUAAUCCUGAUUGCUAUUUUAGCAACGUUCUUUCUUCCGAUUGGAACUCAUAUUUCAACAACUUUAGGUGCUUUUUACACCCCGGUUCCGACGGUUCUGGGUGAAGGUCAGGGUCCGUUCUACAUUAAAGAUACCGUCCAUUGCGAGGAUGUACACCACUACCAUCCUGCGAACUUGCUUUUCACUGCAUGCGAGGAUUCCAAGGAUACACGCUUGGGCUGGUUUCCUGCCGUGGGUCAUCUAAAGCCCCAAAUGCCAGCUCGUGGAUCCAUCCACGUUGUUGAUCCAAAGACAAUGCAAUCAACUCGAUUGGCGUUCGAAGGCUUCUAUGGUUCAUUUGUGACGCAUGGAAUCGAUGUCAUUGAAGACCCUUCACAGAAAGAUGCUGUUUACAUCUUUGCCGUCAACCAUCUGCCCAACCCGGAAUACUUCGAGGCAGCUAAUCCUUCUGAGGAGAUCCCCAAAGCCCGUUCUCAGAUAGAGCUAUUCCAUCAUAUCCUGCAGUCGGAAACUGUGCAACAUGUCCGUUCAAUUCUGAAUCCGCUCAUCACCACCCCGAAUGACAUCUAUGCCGUCAGCCCAACGUCUUUCUACGUUACCAAUGACCAUUUCUACCGCGAGGGAGCCAUGCGUUUGGUCGAAGAUGUAUAUCCCUCCGCAAAAUGGUCUAGCAUCACCCACGUCCAGCUCACAGAUCUGAAAUCAACAGAUUCAACAGCCGGCCUAGAGGCAUCAGUUGCGCUGGACGGACUAUGGAACAAUAACGGUCUCGGCCACGGCCGUACAGAGCAGGAAGUAGUCAUCUCUAGCGCUAUAGGUGGUCAGCUAUACAUUUCCCAAUGGCACGAGACCAACAACACUAUCUCCGUUCAGACUACUCUCGCCUUUGAUUGCGUCGCCGACAACCCAAGCUACUAUUCGGAUCCGUACCGUACUACGGAAGAUGACGCUAGCGGCUUUGUGGUUACCGGCAUUACGAGAGCCUUUUACAUAGGUCUAGGGGAGAAGUAUAGGACUCAUCUGAACUCGAUUAAGGUUUGGUAUGCCCGGCUGAAUGGGCAGGGAAAUUGGGAGAAGAAGGUGCUUUUUGAGGAUGAUGGAGAGAGGAUUCAGACUGCUAGUACUGUUGUAUUGGUUCCUAUUGAGUCUGUGGAUGGUCAGAAGUUGGCUUGGUGCUUUGUUACUGGAUUUAUGUCGGAGAGUAUGAUUGCGGUGAAGGUUGAGCUGUAG